UACACAAGCCGAUAGUUUGUACGUUCGAAUGUCGACCAAACCCAACGCGCCAAGAUACGAUUCUGUGACAGCGCUGGCCAUCGUUCCUGUUCGCGUCAAGGCAUCUGGCCAUGGUGCAUCUAAGACGGUGGAAACGUAUGCAUUCUUGGAUUCGGGCUCGAAUACAUCAUUCUGCACCGAAGCCCUGCUCGACCAACUCGACCUUCAAGGCCGCAAGACGAGUCUGUCGCUGACGACGAUACAAGGUAAAAACUCGCUCGUGCAGUGCUCCCAGGUGAGUCUUGAAGUGUCUUCACUGGAUUCAGCAGCACAGCCCGUUAAUAUGCCAGUGGUGUAUUCACGACCAUCUCUACCAAUCUCCCGCGACGCCAUCAGUAACCAGGAAGAUGUAAACCGCUGGCCACAUCUUGAAGGAUUAUCCUUGCCAGAGAUCGACGCCGAAAUCGGCCUGCUUAUCGGAAGCGACGUCCCCGAAGCAAUACAACCAAUGGAAGUACGACAAAGUGAGAGCGGAGGACCUUUCGCGACUCGGACCAUCCUAGGAUGGGUACUCAAUGGCCCUCUUGGUAGAGGAAAGAACACGUCAGCUACGUCCAACUUUUUGCAGAGCACUGCUCGUCUUGAGCAGCAAUUCCAGGACUAUUGCAACUUGGAGUUCAACGACUCGUCCUACGAUGCCAAACAGUCAAUGUCGCAAAAUGACAAGAGAGCGCUGGAAAUCAUGGAGGAAAGCGUCCAAUUGAAGGAGGGUCAUUACGAAAUCGGGCUGCCAUGGAAGAGUCAUCCGCCGCAACUCAAAAACAACAGACCGGUAGCGGAAAGACGACUAAGUCUUUUGAAGAAGCGUCUUCAACGAGAACCAGAAGUACACGAGAAGUACAAGGGCUUCAUGAACGAUCUUAUCAAGAAUGAUUACGCCAGCAAAGUCGAGAACCGCGAAGUCGACCAGUCAAGCAUUCGGUGGUACCUGCCACAUCACCCCGUGUUCCAUCCUCAGAAACCCGACAAGGUGAGAGUGGUAUUCGACUGCUCAGCCAAGUAUCACCAGACGUCUCUCAACGACCAGCUCUUACAGGGGCCGGACCUUACCAACUCGCUUGUUGGCGUCUUGACAAGAUUUCGCGAGGAGCGCGUGGCUAUGAUGUCGGAUGUCGAGGCCAUGUUCUACCAAGUCCGUGUCCCUUCUGAAGAUCGUAAGGCUCUGAAAUUCCUGUGGUGGCCGGACGGCGACCUGGAUCAACCAGUGCAGGAGUACGAAAUGAACGUACACCUAUUCGGAGGUGCCUCAUCGCCCAGCUGCGCAAACUUUGCCCUGCGGAGAACCGCCCAAGAUAACAAGGCCGAAUUCGACCCAGAAACAACCGAAACUGUCGAAAGAAAUUUCUACGUUGAUGACUGCUUGAAGUCCAUUCCAACAGAUCCGGAAGCGGUGAGAUUGGCAAACCAACUGCGGGAAUUGUUGGCAAGGGGAGGAUUCAGAUUAACGAAGUGGACGUCCAACUCUAAAGCCGUGCUGGAGUCAUUACCAGAAUCAGAAAGAUCGGAGCAAGUCAAGGACAUGAACUUGGACAAAUCUCCUAUUCAGAGAGCCCUGGGUGUUCGCUGGAACGUAUCAUCAGACAAAUUCGGUUUCAGUAUUGUAGUGAAAGACCGUCCCGCAACCAGACGAGGCAUUUUGUCGGUGGUCAGUUCCGUUUUCGAUCCGCUGGGAUUUGUCGCUCCGUUUGUCCUUAAGGCGAAACAAAUCCUGCAGGACUUAUGCCGCUUGAAGCUCCGUUGGGACGACCCAAUCCCGGACGAACACCUGGCCCGCUGGCAAUCGUGGUUGAAGGAACUGCCGAAGCUCGAGGAUGUGCAAAUAGAUCGGUGUCUCAAGCCUACCAAUGACGCCAAGAUCAGUUCGUUCCAACUGCAUCAUUUCUCUGAUGCGUCGCAAGAUGGCUAUGGAGCCGCCACCUACCUACGUGUAGAAGAUGAAGCCGGCAAUAUCAAGUGUUCGUUUGUAAUGGGGAAGUCCCGUUUAGCGCCAAUCAAACAAGUUACGAUACCUCGUCUGGAGCUUUCAGCAGCUGUUACAGCCACGAGACUGGAGAAGAUCUGUCGGGGAGAACUCACGCUCGAAGUGAACGACACGUUCUUCUGGACCGACAGCACGUGUGUCCUACGCUACCUACAGAACAAAGAUAAACGAUUUCAGACCUUCGUUUCCAAUAGAAUUUCUACGAUACUUGAUGCAUCUUCUACUUUCCAGUGGCAUUACGUCAACACCCUUGCCAAUCCAGCCGACGACGCAUCUCGUGGCGUGCCAGCGACACAACUCCAGCGAUGGAUACAGGGGCCGGAUUUCCUGAGCAAGCCAAGGGCCGCUUGGCCACAGCCACCCAGUGAUCUGAGCUUGGUCAUUGGAGACAACGACCCCGAGGUCAAGCGACAAUCCGCCACGUACACGAACAAAAUUUCUAAUCUACAUCCACUUGCAGAGUUAGUCAAGCAUUUCUCUUCUUGGAGUCGGCUGAAAAAGGUCCUAGCGCUGGUUUUGCGCUACCAGGCGAUCCUGAAACGUCGCGUCAUCCAGAAGAAGUUAAAUCCUGCUGAAGCGAUCGGGUUUUCAACGUCCAUCACGCCUAUUUCCGUGUCCGAAAUGGUCAACGCUGAGAAGGAAAUAAUUCGACAUGUGCAGCAAGAAUGUUUCAGCGAAGAACGAGAAUGCCUAGAAAGAAUAAACCAAAGUAGCGAUAAAGAUCGCAAGAACGUAACGGUUAAGAAAUCGAGCCGCGUGUUCCAGCUGGAUCCAGUAUUAAAGAAUGGGUUGGUACGUGUCGGCGGAAGACUGCGGAGAGCACCAAUAAACGACAACGCUAAACACCCUAUCAUCCUCCCGAAAGACCACCAUGUUAUUGGACUCCUUGUAAACCAUUACCACCACAUCGCGGGUCAUUCCGGCGUCGAGCACACGCUUUCCCUCAUCAGAGAAAGGUAUUGGAUCGUAGACGGAAGAUCAGCCGUGAAGAAGGUCAUCGGCAAGUGCCUCAGCUGUAAGAAACGUCAGUCAACAGUAUGCAAUCAAAAGAUGGCCGACCUGCCAGAAGACCGGGUAACGCCCUCGCUGCCACCGUUUACGUAUACAGGCGUCGACUGCUUCGGACCGUUCGAAGUAAAACGUGCGAGAAGUCGUGUCAAGCGGUACGGAGUGCUCUUCACUUGUAUGACAACACGAGCGAUCCAUCUAGAAGUGGCCCACACGUUGGACACCGACUCUUUCAUUGAUGCUCUCCGACGAUUCGUGGCAAGGCGAGGUCAACCUAUGGAGAUCCGCUCGGACAACGGAGGAAACUUCGUCAAGGGUGAACGAGUGCUAAGACAAGCCAUUGACGAAUGGAAUCAAGAACAGAUCCACGACUUCCUGCUUCAACGAAAUGUCAAGUGGACCUUCAACCCACCCGCUGGAUCUCACUUUGGUGGAGUGUGGGAGAGGUGCAUAAGAACCGUAAGGAAGGUCAUGAAGGCGCUGAUGACGGAACAAGUGCUUCACGACGAGAGCCUCAACACGUUGUUCUGCGAGGUAGAGUCCGUGGUGAACAGCAGACCGAUCACGAAGCUGUCAGAUGAUCCACGGGACGAAGAACCACUCACCCCAAACCACUUGCUUCUAUUACGUCACCAACCCGCCCUUCCACCCGGUGUUUUUGGAAAGGAAGACAAUCAGAACCGAAGGAGAUGGCGUCAAGUGCAAUAUCUGUGCAACCUGUUCUGGAGACGUUGGGUAAGGGAGUAUCUCCCCUUGCUGCAGAAAAGACAAAAGUGGAACGCUUCGAAGAGGAACGUGGCAGUCAACGACAUCGUUAUGGUGCUAGACGACAGCAAACCAAGAGGAGUAUGGCCCUUAGCUCGGGUGUUGGAAGUGUACCGCAACAAGCGUGACGGACUGGUACGAUCCGUGAAACUGAAGACAAGCAGCAACGAGUUGGUGAGGCCUGUAGACAAGAUCGUCCUCCUAGAAGAAGCCGCCUGAUGUUGGUAUGAGAUCGUGAUAAACAUUGUUAUUAAACUAACGCUUUAUUCAUUUACUUAUUUAGUUAUUGACAUUAUUUCGUGUUUCAAACCAUUUAAAAAAACGGUAUUGUAAAGGCUCGUAGUACCGCCUUUAAGGGGCCGGUAUGUUGGUUUGAAACCCUAACUUUGUUAUUGUUAUCGUAUGUCGUUAAUUUCCGUUUUGUUACUUCCUGCGACUACACGCGCAGCUGCACAUAGUUUAAUGUUUCAUUGUAUAUCACUGUCAACUAGAGUAUGGUCACUCUACUCUACAAUUGGUUAUUUACGUUUAUGUUCGAACUCUAUCGACGGUAUUCAUCAGCAGUUUGGUGUGUGCGCCAACUAAAGUGCAAAGACGCGAUUAAGGCAAAACAGGCACCACGCAACGUCGUUCGACGUCGAUAUUCAAGGUUUUUGAUACGAAAUAGUACCUUCGUAUUUGUGAUUCACAAGGUAACGUUUUUCUUUUUAUAAUUAUCAAAGGUUAAUGCGGUAGUUAACAUUGGCAUUUAAUAUAAGGCCUCGGCCUUCAUGUACUCCCAUUCGAUCUUUCGUGUUAUUACUACACGUAUUACUUAAAUAUCAUUAACUGUACUGCUUUGGUACAUUUGCCAUCGACUAGCAUAUAUACUUUACAAAAACCAAUCAAAUAUUCACCAGGAUACGUCAAAAUUAAAUAACACUCUUACAGCUCUCUUGAGUGAGUCAACUUGAAUGUUA